CCCACGUCACCCCUUCGUCUCCACUUGGCUAACCCGUGACCUUUUUUUUUUCGUCGGCUCCCUAGCGUUCCACGCCCUUUCGCGCACACCCUCUCCCGUCUCGCCUCCUAUGGCCUGCGCCUCCAGGCGAGGGCCGCCGCCAUGCCUCCCACGUACGAGCUCGCGGCCGCCGCGACCUCCGCGCUCGGCGUAGCGCUGGGGGUGCGGCUGCUCGUCGUCCUCUCCCGCUCCCGCGCGCUCAAGCCGCUCGCCGCAGCCACGUCCGCCGCCGCCGCCGCGCUCAAGGCGCCGCGGGUCCUCGCCACGGCCUCCUCCCCGGUAGCCGCGCUCAUCGCAGCGUCCAAGGCUGCAUCCAAGUCCUACAAGGCCGCGCGCACUCUCGGACCCGCCGCGCGCCUCCCGUCGCUCCCCUCCUCCAAGCGCCUCAAGGCCGCGUUCGCCGCCGCGUCGCUCCUUCGACUUGCGACCGCCGCGCCGAUCCCCGCCGCGUCGCCUGCCGGUGUCGCUGUGCUCGCGAUCCUCAAGUCCAGCUACAAGCUAUCGAAGAAUACGUCCAAGAUCAUUGAGGGCUUCCUCGGGCUCCAGGUGCACAAGGGAUUCAGGAACGGGGUCGACGCGCUCGGGGUGGUCGUCAAGGUUGCCGUGAUCGCCUCGGAGGUUGCCAUCUGGGUCGGCGGGCGGUUCUGGGGCGGUCGAAGCGGUCGCUGCGUUCGGUUCCUCGGCUUCACCAGGCCAAGUAGUUUAGUCCUACUUGGGUGUAGCAAAUCUGAACCCCAAGUUGUACUCUUGGAUCCGGGAAUAGUUGAGAUGGAUGGCGAGGGGUGUCAAUUGGUGGAGCGAGGGGCCUCAGAGUUGCUCUCCCUUGCUGUGCCCGUGCCCCAGGUGACAACAUUACUACAUUAGUGAGUUAGCACUUAGCACACAACUGUUGUACAUUUUCUUAUAUCAGGUAUAUAUAUGUAGAGAUGGUUUUGAUCGAGUACUUGUAUCUUAGUUCUUGAAUGUCAGACAAGUUUGGCUGAAGAAACUGUGCAGUAAUUUCUGGAUCCAACUGCAUGGACUUCAUCAAUGGAAUUGUGCGUGAGCGUAAAUCUUGAUAUGAAAAUGCUGACUACUGUUGUCUACAUUCUCAUUCAGUCAUAGUAGUCUCAUUGUUUGGAAA